ACCGCUGCUGCAGUCUCCCUCUGCCCAGCUUUCACCGGAGGAUUUUUACGGGAUAACAGAGAAGUUCUUCGGCUAUUUAGCGGAUUUUAACGGCUGUGAAUUCUCUCGGUACUUUUCUCCUUUCUCCAAGCGGCGGGCGGACUGUUCGCUGUCCCGCAGGCUGGAGGCUAGCGUCGGUUACUGCGGCUAAACAUGGUGGCCUGUCGGCACGGAGAGGAGCCGAGCCCCAGCUCUGCGGGUUUGGGGGUGUUAUAAGGGAACGCGAGGACGCUGGCUGCUGCUCCACCCUUUUCUAAGUCUGCGUUUUGUUAAUCUGGAGGUUUCUACGGGGCUCCCCGUGUGUUUCCGUUAAACCCGAGCAGCAGUACCACCGGCGUCAGCAGGACCCCGUCCGUGUUCGGCGGAGCGUGGAUAAUCAUCCCGAAAAAGUUCUUCCAGGCCGCCUCAAAGUUUGCCCGCGGACCUGGGAAACUCCAGACCGUCCUGGACACUCCUCCAGCUGCUGUGUUUACGUUACGGAUACUUUGAGGCUCUCAAACCGGGAUGAAUUGUUGCACAAGUGCAGCCUGAUGAAACAGUUUGUUUUACCCCCUUCCUCCUCCUCCUCCUCCUCCUCCUGUUCAGGGUCUGAUUGUUAAUCUGAGGAUUAUUAUGGAUUUUUACCAUGGCCUAAUCCAGCCAGACUCUGAAUUUGGGGACUAACUGCAGAUGUAGAGUCUGACUGUGAUGGUGAUGAUGAUGAUGGUAUCUCUUCGCGAUGAUUCUGAGUAGAGAGGAGUUCAUUACAUGGAGACUCGCCUGACAUGCCGAGGAAGGAGUUGCCACUACCUGACGGUUGGGAGGAAGCCAGAGACUUUGAUGGCAAAGUUUACUACAUUGACCACAUUAACCAGUGCACGAGCUGGAUCGACCCCAGAGACAGGCAGACGAAGCCUCUGACGUUCGCCGACUGCAUCGGGGACGAGCUGCCGGUUGGCUGGGAGGAGGCGUACGACCCCGUCGUCGGAGCGUACUAUGUCGACCACAACACCAAGAGCACCCAGCUGGAGGACCCGCGGGCCCAGUGGCAGCGGGAGCAGGAGGCCAUGCUGCGGGACUACCUGGCCGUGGCCAGCGACGCGCUCAGCGCCCAGAAGGAGAUCUACCAGGUGAAGGAGCAGAGGCUCCGCCUGGCACAGCAGGAGUACCGCCAGCUCAACGACGCGUGGAGGGACAAGUCCACGUCGCAGACGAGCUUGAAUUCCAGAUCGUCCUCUUCCAGCAAGUACGACCCGGACAUCCUCAAAGCCGAGAUAUCCACGGCCAAAAGUCGGGUGAACAAGUUGAAGCGGGACCUCGCCUGUAUGAAGCAGGAGCUGCUGUACAAAGAGCAAGGCUUCGAGACGCUCAAAGAGAUCGACCAGAAGGUGUCCAACAGCCCGUCCGGUUACAGGCUGCAGGAGGCCCAGGCCAUCCUCAGCGAGGUGCGCUCCAUCCGCGACGCCAUCAGCUCCGGGGAGAAGGAGAAGCAGGAGCUCAUGCAGAAACUGGCGGUGCUGAAGGACGGCUUCCGGCUGGACUCGGGCUCGCAGCAGGAGCUGUGGGGCAGCAGCACCUCGCUUGCAAACUCCGACCUGUCCGUCCCGCGGCUCUACUCCGACGCCAGCUCGCAGACUGACAUCCCCGCCGAGUUCAUGACCAGCAGCAACAAACUGGCCGAGAAGGUUCGUGUGAGCCUGAAGUACGAGGAGGCCAAGAGAAGGAUCGCCACCAUCGAGGUGCAGAUCGCCAAACUGGACAGCGAGGCGUGGCCGGGGCUGCUGGACCCGGAGCGGGACCGCCUCAUCCUCAUCAACGAGAAGGAGGAGCUUCUGAAGGAGCUGCAGUACAUCAGCCCGCGGCAGCGGCUGCAGCCCAACGACGCAGAAAAGCUGGAGUCCGAGAAGAAGCGGCUGGAGCGAGACCUGCAGGCCGCCAGAGACAACCAGAGCAAGGCGCUGACCGAAAGGCUUCGUCUUCACUGCAAGAGGAACAAGCUGGUCAGAGAGCUGGAGGAGAACGUUCGCCUCGCCACCAUGCUGCACACGCAGCUCAAGAGCCUGUCGGCCAGCACCCUCUCCUGUUCGUCCGGCAGCAGUCGAGGCUCUCUGACCUCCAGCCGCGGCUCGCUGACCACCACCUCCAGCCUUGGCUCCACCUCCUCCCUCAGCUUCACCGACAUCUACCUGGAGCAGCCGGAGCUGGCCGACCCGGACUUCCAGAACAAGCUGGACAGCCUCCUGCAGGAGGGCGUCCAGGGAGGGUACCGGCCCUCCAGCUCCAUCACCACCAUACACGAGCACGAGGUGGUGACCGGCAGCGGCACAAAAGACGCCGGGAGACCCCAGAGCAAGUCGGGAGGCACAGGAGGAGACACUGGAGGAGGCACAGGGGCUGGCGUGGGGGCGGAGCCUUCCAGGAUCCAGGCCCUCAAACUGUCAGAAACCCCGCGCUCAAUGAACUCCUUAUCCCCGCGCUCGUCUCUCUCCUCGCUGUCUCCGCCGUGCUCGCCCCUGGUCACGGACGCUACCUUCCUGUCAGGCGAGACGUUCGCGGGCCAGUCGGGGGGCUCCGGGUUGGGCCUCGACCUGGAGCUCCACAGCAGGCUGGCCGAGCUGGAGCUCAGGCUGGACUCUGAGGAGCAGCGUCAGGAGGAGCAGGGAGGUCCGGAGGAGAAGCAGAACCACCACGGCAGGCUGGGCGAGGAGGUCAAAGGCUCAGCUUCCGAGCUGCGAGGGACGGGGGCGGGGCCAAAGAAGAUUGGGGUGACCUCGGCCGUGUCCGACGAGUCGGUCGCCGGCGACAGUGGCGUGUACGAGCCGUCAGAGCGCAAACCCGGCCUCCCCGCUGACCUCCUGCUGAGCUCCUACGAGGACCGCCUGGCGCCCGGCUGCCCUCAGGUGCAGCUCGGCUUCCGUUACGAGGCCAGAGACCGGCGCUUCACAGUCUACGUCAUGCAGCUGUCCAACUGCAGCGCCCUCUGUCUGCCGACCGACCAGAAAAUGUAUGUACGCGUGGCGGUGCUUCCCUGCGUGGAGGCCACUCGCUGCCUCUUCCGAACACGCAGCUCGCCACCUCGAGACGCCGUGGAGUUCAACGAGGUGUUUGGCAUGCAGAUAUCCCACAGUGCACUGCGGCAGAAGACCCUGAGGGUGGACGUGUGCGACACCGGCAAGUCGGGCCACGAAGAGUGUCUGGCGGGAGCUCAGAUCAGCCUCGCUGACGUCAGCUGUUCGGAGGAGAAGUGCACCAAGUGGUACAACCUGCUGAGUCGUGUCUACCUGCCCGAGACUCACGUUUCCAGCGGCGACCGAGCCGGAGGGCCUGAGGAUGACGAGUGGCAUGGCGAGCCUCUGGAGGCGAACAUGUUCGAGGACGACGAAGGGCACGGCACGGAGGGGGCGGGGCCUCUGAAGGACGAGGAUGAGUUUUAUCCCGAGAGCAGCCAAUGGGAAGCAGAGGAGGAGGAAGAUGAGGAGAAGGGGCCCAAACCCCCUCCUCCUCCGACGGCGGUGGCGGCAGCCGCCAUCACAGAGAAGGUGAACAAGGAGACGAGCAUGGACAGCCUGCCGUCGCUGCAUCACUGCUCCGUGGUUCGGCCCAAAGAGCGGCGCCCGGACGUCCGCCAGCAGAACCCCUUCAUGAGGGGCAACACCAUCAUCCGCUCCAAGACCUUCUCGCCCGGACCUCAGAGCCAGUACAUCUGCAGGAUUAACCGCAGUGACAGCGACAGCUCCACGCUCUCCAAGAAGUCCCCGUUUGUCAGAAACGCCUCCGAGAGACGCAGCAUGCGCAUGAAGAGGCCUCCUGUACCCGUUAAAGGUCUGGACGGGCUGCUGCGGACCUCUCUGGACCUGGAGCUGGACCUGCAGGUGUCCCGGACGCGGCAGGCUCGGCUGGCGCAGGAACUGCGGGUGCUGCGGGAGCUGAAGACGCAGCUGGAGAAGGCGAGGCAGCAGGGCCAGAAAGAGCUGCCCGCCUGGGUCCAAGAAGAUGAACGCUUCCGGCUGCUCCUCAGGCAGGCCGAGAAACAGACUCGAGAGGAGCAGCAGCAGGAGAAGAGGGUGGAGAAAAUGAUGAAGGCCGCAGCCAAGGACGUCCACAAGAUCAGAGGCCAGAGCCGCAAAGAGGUCCCCGAGGUGCAGACCUUCAGAGAGAAGAUGGCGUUCUUCACACGAGCGAAGACCUGCAUCCCCGACCUGCCGGCCGACGACGUGUAGAGAAGCAUUUCAAAGUAUUUUCCUUCCGGAGUCGUUCCCUGCUGUUCCCUCACCGACGAAGCAAACGUCUGGCGGUAUUAUGAAGAAUUAAAAUAAAUAAUAAAAAUAACACUGAUAAUAAUAAUAAUAAUAAGUAGGAAAAAACCUUUGAAACCGUGGAGAGAGUAAUUUUAAAGAGCUCAGCAUUUCUAAUGUGGAUAGUCUUUGUUUGUAAAUUAGCGAUAGCACUGCUGGAGCUUUUGUUUUUUUCCUUUUUUAUUCUCGUUUCCACUUUUGUUUUUGUUCCUGUUACUAACCGGCUGUUCUUAGACUCGUAGGUGUUUAAAAUCAUUCCAGCACAGAAUCAUACAGUCACACAUGAGCAUACGAAGACUUUUGUACUGAAAAUGGCACAAAAUCAAAAAUGGUACUCAAAGGAAAAUUCAGCUGCAGCUUAAAGAUAUUUAAUAUUGACCUUCAGAUGAUGUGGGAUUAGUUUUUUAUUAUUAGAGUAUUUUCUGAGCAGACAAACAGCACAGUGUUUAAUUUUUGUAUUUGUUUUUAAAUGCGGCUCUCCCUACACAACAACAGUGAAACACUAAAACAUGUUUGUGCAGACGAAUCGCCGCAGUUAUAAUCCUUAAGAUUUUUAAUCCAGGUCAGGUUAUUUUCUACACAGACGUGAAGUUUCUGCUGGUUAAAUGAUCAGAACAAAAAACAAGCAGCUGUUUCUUAGAGCAGGGCAGCUACAACUCCCAGGGUGCAUUUCAACAGGAAGCAUCCAGUCAGAUUCAUUUUAAGGAGACGCUAAAGAUUAAGUAAAGUUAAAUAACCUCAGAUUAUAUCCCGUCCAAUCAGGCAGGAGAAAGUUUUUGGAUCAUGUCCAAUUGUCAUUCAUGUGCCUGUUUAAACCUUAAACAUACCUUUGAGUUUUUUAUGGCCCAGUGUCGAUUAAAUAGGUUUUUACUACGCUGUUAAACUGUAAGGAGGGCGUAGUAAAGUCCAGAGGCCAAAAAGACAAAUCACAUGUUAUGGCUCAUUUAUAAAGAGAUUUAAUGCACUAAAUCUACAGUUUAUUGCAAAAUGAGGCACUUAAAAGUUGCUUUUUUUAUGUUGUGAACAUAAGAGCCGGAUUUUUAAAGUGACAAAGACCAAAACUGGAGCAAAGAGAGCCAAAAUGCACCAUUUGUGUUCAGCUAACGCCGCACUUCUUUAGGUUUCCUGUGUGAUGCAUAUUUAUUAUUAAUCAUCCAUCACUGAGGAAAUUCACCUGUUACAGCAGCACAAGAGUCAGGAAGAAAAAGUGAAUUAGAGACUAAUAAACAUAAAUACUAUACAGGAGUAAUUGGUACCAUGUACAAAUGGUCCUGUAAACAGUGAAACGGACUAAAAUACACGAGAGGACUGGAAGACGGCAACAUUUUGCAACAUUCUGUCCAAACACAUUUUUUUUACUCUUAGUUCUAUAUGAUGUCACACAGAGGGGAUUUCCCUAAUAUGGCCAUCUCAGGCUCCACCCAAAAGAAAGCCUUCCUCAAAGGGGAAGGGCUAAAACAGCUUCCUUCACAGAGAGGAUUAACUGAGCGGCUGCACUGAGGUCCAGUGUGCCAUAAAGAAGGAUUUUUUUGAACUGUUAUUAAAGCAUAGCUGCUCUCUGUGAGUCGAAGAGUUAAAAAUAAGCUGCCACGCUUACUGCCAAACUGACCUGGACUGAAAUCUUAAGGAUUAUCUUCAUCUUCAAACACUGGCACAAACUGUAAGUUUUCUGUAAACUGAGCGACGUCGUGCUGACGGCACAGGUGGUCGUAGCACGUCAGCGUGGCCGCACGAUAGCAGCUCAGAGGAGACACGUCGCUCUGAGCGUAAUCCGUAAUCAUCGUCUCUCGUCACACAAACACAUCGGUGUAGAAACAGCACUAACUCGCACUAACACUCAGGUAGUUGAUCGGGUAGUUUGCACUUUAAGAAAGUUGAGGUAGAAGUUUGAAAAAAGAAAAACUUGAUGUGGGUUUUUGGAAAGUUAAACGCCUGGAAGCCUUUGCCUCACGCUGGAACGAUUUCUGAUUGUCGGAACAGGAAGUGAUCUCAAACGCAUUUCUGAUGACUGUGAACUUGUUAUUGAUCGUAUGAUUGUUUGACUGGAAGCGACUGAAAAAAAACUGAGUCGUCAGCCAAUAGGAAGACGGAAGUCCAGCUUUGCUUCAUAAGCUCCUGCGCUUCUCUCUGAUUGGCUGAUCAGUUUUUGCAGUUUUAAUUUCAGACUUCCUGCCCUCACGUUUCCACCUGUAACUGGAUGUUUGUGAAGCAUUCAGUUCUAUUAGAACUGGACCUUCUGCACUUAAAACUGUUGGAUGGUGUUAGUGUGGUGCCCCAGCAAAACUCAGCAUGUCGCCUUUUUUUCCUCAGCUGGUUAUUUAAACUGUUUUUCUCCUCGUUUCAGUCUGUUUGAAGCUCUGAAACGAGGAGGAAGACACAUUCAGUGAACUUAUCGAUGCAUUGAGCAGCUAAAGAGCCUCAGGAGUUGGUAAAUAUUAGAAAAACGUCACUCCCAAAGACUCCUGACACGUUCUAUAUAAACUGAUGUUUAAUGUAGUGUUUACAUAAACAAGCAAACAGAAAUCUGGCACAGGAAAUUUUUUACUUUUCAGCAUAUGGAGGAUUGAAGGUGCCAAAAUAAACAAAAUAUGUGACUGAGUGAAUAAUAAAAUGACAUUAAAUGUUCGAAAAAAUAGAUACAUGUAGGUAUUUAUUAAUUUGUAAAAUGUGACAUGAGUUAAUAUUUUUAAAUUAAUUUUAUGCAGAAAUACAGGGAAGGUCAGUAAACAGAUAUUUGUCUUACAUUUUAUAAUUGAAUGCCUUGAAUGUUGAAGAAUUUUAUUGUUUUUUACAUUUGUAAUUUAUUUAUUAAUUUGCUUGCUGUUCCAUUAUUAUUUUGGCGGUUUUGAUCCUCCAUACUGGCAUGUGUCAGGAAGUCUUCUACAAAAUAACGAUUUAAAAAGUGGAAAAUUCUUCACAUGGAAAACAUUUAACAUGAAUUCUAGAUUAUUACAAAAUGUGGGAUUAUAAACUACCUGCUGAACAUGGAGCAGAUGAUUUAUUCAGGUGGUGGAGACCAAAAAUGGAGCUAAAAAUGAACGCUGGGCCUUGAAUGGUCACUAAAGUGCCUGUGACUGCCUGAUGUUGUCACUCUGUAGCUGCUGAAUGCAGAAAUAAGCGGCUGUCUAUUGAAUGUCCGACUUUCCUUCUUGCUGGGCCACCAGGCUGAUGGUGUCGGUGCAUUUUGUUCUUCGUGUUUCCAUUCCCCGUGUAAAGAAGAACGUAGCUGACGAAAACCAAGCUGCUGCUGCUGUCAUUCCAGAUGUUUCUCUCUUCUUUUUUUAACUCUGUGUAGAGAAACAGCAGCUCUAGGAAAUGAUUGAGGUUUUUUUUAUUGUCCAAUUUGACCGUUUACCUUCGUCAUCUCCACUUCCUGUUGCUGCCCAGUCUCUGUGAGUGUUUUCAGUCCUCAUUAAAGCGUCAGAUAGUCCCACCACAUCCAGGUAGGAGUAGAUAUAUUUUUCUAGAAUGUAUGUUUAAAAAAGGUAAUAAGAUUGAAAUAACGAGACACGAAUGACUUCUGAAAGAGCCUCGGUAGGAUGUGAAUCUGACACCAUCGCCCGACAUCAGUGUGAACAGUCAGUGAAAAAGACCAAAACCAAAGAUUUAAAAGCUGAUCCCCGUCCUCUGACGUAAAACGAUUCAAACCCCUUCGUCACGAGGUGUUUUUGUAAUUUUACCCUCUGCUACGGCACGACAGAAAAUCAGACGCUGGAAAUAGUGAGCUGCUAGCAUGUGGUGCUAAAGCUAAGCUAACACCUGCCAGUCAAUACCAUCCUGAAACUUCCCUUGGUUUACUCUCAGACUGCUGAUGUCACCGUAAAGAUGCAGCCAGAUGUUUUUUUUUUUCUUUUUAAGGUACUUGAUGUAAAUUUCAGGGUUUAAAAAAAAUACUGUAAAUGUUCCAAAAUUAACUAAAGACAACAUGAAGAAACGGCUGCUUUGACCUGAUCUGCACACUGAGCAUUUUUUAUCAUUGAAAUAAGGCUCAACUCAUUCAGCAAACACUGCCCCCUGGUGGUGAACAUUUUAGUUAGUCUGCAGAGGGGAAUUACAAAAAGUUACUUUUAAUCGUACACUUGCUCAUCAGACCACUUCGUGAGCUUUUGCAUGUUUUUUUCGCCGUCUGGUGUAUUUUUUUAUAUAAAUCAAAAAAAGCUGGUAACGAGAAAUGCGUCGUUGUUCUCAGAGUGCAGAUCAGCUGUAGAUUCCAGUUUGUGGCGACUGUUCGCACUGAGAACUGAACGAACGUUACGGAGUUGGGCGUGCUGCAGGGCGAGCAGCGGGUUCACUGCAGCUCUGGAGAUGUUUUUGUUUAAUGUCCAACCGAGCCGCCGUCGGUGGGUGUGUAAGAAGACUUGGAGGAACUUUCAUUUUUUUAAUAUUAGCCGUUUUUUGUUUGUCCUCUGUCUCCUCGAGUAGGUUGGACCUAUAGGAAUUCAGCGGUUAACCUCUGAUUAAAAAAGACUCGUUUAUUUGAAACAUCUGGAUGAAGGAAUGUAGGUUUUUUAAAAACAAAUGCUGUUAGCCACAAAUGAUUCUUCUUCAUCACGUAGGCAAAUCUUUGUUUUUUUUGUGCUUUUAUGUUUCUUUUAUCUGAUGAAUCUGUUCAAACCCGGUGAUGCGUUUGCAGGCGGCUACGAGAAACACACUGCAUGUAUUUAUUGCACUUCUGUGAUUUUU